UCCCUUGGGCUUGGGAGAUAACCCAUGGGUGGUACUUGUGCUUCUAUUCCCUCCACCAUUUGCUAAAAUUAACCGUUAGUACGAACCAUUUCGAAUUUAAACAUAUCAUGUAAUUUGUAAAAUAUUUUAGCUAGACAGUUUCUAAACUCGAUCUUUAAAUACAUAUAUAGAAUCCCGCCCUCCAAGUUAGUUUGUGUGUGUGGGAAUUAAUGCCAUUUUACAAUCUCUAGUCUCUCUCUAAUACUAAUUGUUAGCUAUAAUGUACGUGCAAAAGCUUGAUCUCUUUUCUGUUCUUUGCUGCUUCCUCUUGUCCAUGCUCUCAGGGCAGCAAGUAGUAGUGGUGCGAGGUCGUGUGCUGGUAGCUAAUUCUAAUUCUCAUCCGUCAAAGCUCUUUGUCUUUGGGGAUUCAUAUUCAGAUACAGGCAACACCGACAAAACUCAAUCCGCUUGGGAAUAUCCCUAUGGCAUCACCUUUCCUGGUAAACCGGCCGGUCGUUUCUCCAGUGGCCGUGUCCUGACAGAUUUCUUCGCUAAGUCCAUAGGACUAAAGAGGACUCCGAUAACAUAUAGACAGAGGAAUGAGACCUCAUUGUUGACAUAUGGAAUGAACUUUGCUUAUGGAGGAACGGGUGUGUUUGAGACAUUAUUGAAAUCUGGCCCAAACAUGACCACCCAAAUCGGUUUCUUACAAAAUCUUAUCAGAGACAAUGUUUUUACUUCUGCAGACCUAGAGUCUUCCAUGACCCUUGUUACUCUCGCUGGCAAUGACUACUCUACUUACAUUGUCAGGAAUGGAUCUGCCCAGGGUUGGAAGCCUUGCAUUACAGCAGUGGUCAAUCAACUCGCUAUCAACUUGAGACGUAUUCAUGGCAUGGGAGUUAAAAAAAUAGUUGUGAAUGCUUUACAGCCUUUAGGAUGCGCCCCUUCAAACACAGCCAAAUCCUCAUUCCAACAAUGCAAUGAAACCGAAAACUCGCUCGUCGUUUUCCACAACCUGUUGUUGCAGCAAGCCGUGACAAAGUUAAACAGCGAAGCCAAGGAUUCUAAUCCUUUUGUCAUUCUUGAUCUUUAUGACUCCUUCCUCUCAGUAAUCAAGAACAAAGGAGGUACACACUUUGAGAACCCACUGAAGCCAUGUUGUUUUGGUAUAAGCAGCAAAUACAACUGUGGGAGUGUAGAUGAAAAUGGGGCCAAGAAAUACACAGUUUGUGAGGACCCAGAAUCAGCAUUCUUCUGGGACGGGGUUCAUCCUACGCAGGCAGGAUGGACUGCGGUGUAUUCUGUUUUGAGAUCCACUGAUCUCCAACAUUAACUUCACUAGAUUCACCAAAAAGAAGGGAGGAAAAUCAUGUUGUACGCGGUAAUAUUAUUGUUCGUAUUAUUUUAUAUAAUUCCUAGCUAUUUUCUGUC